CUGAACACGACUCUCGCGGUUGAAAUUUUUUUUCUUUCUCCUAUUUUUCUUUUAAAAAAAAUGCCAGAGUUAUCAGACCAGACUUACACACAGCCUACUCUAGCAAAAAUACCCAAUACUGGCACACCUUCCAUACCAGAGGAUGACCAUCAGAUUACUACAAAGACCAAGAUUGAAUUUGACCAGGAUAAACUAAACGGUAAUGAAGCUUUACCAACAGCCAUCCUUAACGAAGGCGACGAUGAUAGAGAUGAGAGAUCAGUACAACAAACGCAAGACGAACCUGGCAUCGAUCGUCCCAGGAAAAGAGCAAGAUUGGAGACACCCACAUUCGCACCAAGAUCUGACGAUUCUGACAGUAAGAGCGAAGGGUCUACCCAACCACAACCUGUACAUCCUCCUGCUAAAAGAAGGGGACGUCCGCCAAAACAAAAAAACCAAGAGACACCCAAGAUGGUCAAGACGGCUGUAAGCACACGCGGAAGAGGAAGAGGUCGUAGACCUGCACCUCGACGCGUAAGGACAACAAACAGACGGAUCAAACAAGUAGAUUCCGAUAGUGAUAGCGGUGUUGAAGGCGGCACAGAAAGCGAGAGCGAAACGGAAAGUGAAAGCGAUAGUGAUAGCGAAGUUGCAGAAUUUGAAACCGAAACCAGUGAAGAGUCUGUUACUCGCCGCAAGAGAGCACCAAGAAGAAGAAAGGAGAAAAUCGAUAGGAACUUUGUAGAAGUAUCGUUAACCAAUAUCAUUAGACGAAGAGAUGUAGCUGCUCGUGAUCCGAAUGCAGUAAAACCUACCAAAAGAGUAAUCACUAGAUCAAAAAAGCCAUUGAAUUACAAAGAAGAAAGUAGUGAGCAAACAAUUGGUGAUACUGGCCCUGACAGCGAAGGCGCCGUUGAAGAGCUAAAGCCUGCCCCAAAGAAAAAAGGAAGACCUCGCAAGGUUGUAAGCGAACCUAAAAAAACUAUACAGAUAAAGCAGAAUGUAAAGCAGAAUAUAAAACAGGACGCAUCACGGAAAACGCGACGAAGGAAAAACAGCUCUACCACUUCAACAGAACCACUUCCUAUCAUCAACAAGGAUUAUAGCCUCUCUUUUGUUAUAGAAGGCCAUACUAAUAUAAAUGUGCCCGUAAAAGUGUCAAAAGAUGGUGAAGAAAAUCAAUCUAAAGAUAUUUGGUGCUGUGAAUUUGAACCACAUCGUCCUGGACAAGUGCAAACAGAUGUGGUAGCAUUAGCCGGUUCAUACAGCGUACUUUUCUUAGAUGUGCAGCAAGGUCGAUAUACCAAAAAGUACACACAUUCAGAAUCUCAAGAAAUAUUUUAUUGCAUGGCUUGGACAACCUUGAAUAUUGACGAAGACUCUGAUAGUUCAAGUGACGAAGAUGAGGAAACGUGUAAUGUAUUAGCUGUGGGCGGAAGGCUAGGGUCUAUCAAGCUGCUUAAUCCUUUACAGAAUGAAUGUUAUCGCUAUCUCUUUGGACAUAAGGAUGCUAUUUUAAAGAUGGCUUUUAGUGCAUCUGAACCAAGAUGGUUAUUCAGUGCGUCUGCAGAUAAAACAGUACGUCUGUGGGAUAUUGGCUCACCAACUAGUGCAGCAGAUGACUCAAUGUGUCUUGCAAAAUUUGCAUUACCUCAACAUUUCGGAGAGCCUUCAGCUCUAAGCGUAUCAUUUGACCUUAGUACACUCAUCGUUGGUUGUUCGGACGGAAAUCUUGUCCGCUACUCGAUCACAGCCGCUCAAUUGAAAAAGUUUAGAUCCAUUGUUGAGCAGAAUGACGAGGAAAGAGUUACAACCAUACAGCCAACGGUUAUUUAUCCAUCGGGAGAUGAGUGGCAUGAAGGAUAUGUAGAUGAUAUACAUAUUAUGGGACAAGAUAGCGAUGAAAAAGAUCCAUUAUAUAAUCAUGUUGCUUCUCGUGCUGAAGAUUUAGAAAUUGUCAUUUGGGAUUUGGCAAAGAGCACGCCAAAGGAUAUAGAGAUCUAUAAGUCACUAAAAUGGCCAGAUUCAGAUGGUUCUACUGGUUUACGAUUUAAAGUCAUAGAAAAGAAUGGGCAAAAGGUACUACUUGCAGGCGACUAUGAAGGAGAUAUACACAUUUUCAAUAUUGGAGACGGACAAAAAAGUCGAACAUUACCCGAUAACACCAAAGAAUUAUUUCGUCCUGUUAACAUUCUUUCACAUGAAAUGUCAAAAGAAUUGAUCAGAGAUGUAUCUUGCUCAGCUGAUACCCGCUCAAUUAUUGCUGUAGAUACUAAUAAUAAUGCUUUCAUAUGGAGAUGUACAGAUACAAUUUAGAGCAACUGAUAGGGCACGCAAAAAGAAAAACUAUAACCAGCUACGUGAACAAAAAUAAACGUAAUAAUCAAUCACUUGUCCUAUUAAAUAUAAUUGAACUUUGGGGCAUUACACGUCAAUUUUAUGAGCCAUGAUUCUUACUUUUUACAAGAAUUCUGAGGAAAGAGAUUUCUAGAUAAUUAAUGACACAG